GUGCAUGACGGGCUGGAGGCGAACAGCUGUGCUGUGUUUGUGGAGGACCGACGUCACUGUUUGUGCUGCUCUGGCCAAGAUGGCGGAGGCUGCGGCUGUUCCCCCGCAUCGGUUUUUCUGUCACUGCUGUAAAGGAGAAGUGAACCCCAAACUCCCGGAAUACAUCUGUCCACGAUGUGAUUCAGGCUUUAUAGAAGAAGUCACAGAAGACUCCAGUCUUUUAGAGAGUGGAUCAAAUGGGCUAGAUGACACAGCUACACAGUUUGCAGAGCUAUGGCACCUGUUGUUACUGGAGCGACCAUUCACGGCAGACAAUGACAGCAGUGACUCAGAACCCCGGCUCCCUGGAGGACGACUGGGGAGCCUCAGCGACCUGGGGGGGCUGGGAGGAGGAUCACUUGGAGGCUCAGUCCCAGCGGGCUUGGGAGGAGGUAUGGGUGGUCUGCUAGGGGCAGGGGAACACUGGGGACCGGGACGUCCCACUCGUCUGCAAAGCCAGAGACGAUACAGGUCCAGAGGAAGCAGCAGACCAGAUCGCUCCCCCGCCGUGGAAGGGAUUGUGCAACAGUUUCUGGCCGGGCUCUUUGCCAACUCUGGAGCCCCGGGCUCACCUCCGCUCUCAUGGACGGGGAUGCUGCACUCUAACCCAGGAGACUACGCAUGGGGACAGGGAGGCUUAGACGCCGUCAUUACACAGUUACUAGGUCAGCUGGAAAACACAGGGCCUCCUCCAGCAGAGAAAGAGAAGAUCUCCUCUCUCCCCACUGUCAGUAUAUCUCAGGAACAAGCAGACUGCUGUAUGGAAUGUCCAGUGUGCAAAGAGGACUUCUCGGUGGGGGAGCCCGUCAGGCAGUUACCCUGUAACCACUUCUUUCAUUCAGACUGCAUAGUGCCAUGGCUGGAAAUGCAUGACACAUGUCCAGUGUGUAGGAAGAGCUUGAACGGAGAAGACAGCAGCAGCCAGCCCCCAUCAGAGUCCCCCACUCUCUCCAUGGACCCUCGCACACAGGACAGAUGGUCCUUCUGAGACACCCACCUGUUCCAUCCACCACUUCUCUCUACCUACAGUCAACGCCGAGUACAGAGAAGACAAAAAAAAAACAACACUCUUCUGCUUCCUUCUGUUUAUCUCCUGCAGUCAAUAUCACCUCAAUCUUUUUUUUUCUAUUUGUACUCUUUCUUUCUCUCCUCAUUUCCAACGUCUGUGUCCUCACCUAUGUACACCAAACCCCCCAUCCUCAAACAGAUGUCUUAAGCCCUUCGGGGGUCUGCUAGAUCACGGUCUCAUAGUCGAGGCUGUGUCCUCGACUUCUGCAACAAGCAAAUUGAAUCCCUUCUGAAAUGCACUGAUGCAAGUCGUGGAUGUGGGAAAGCGCUAAACUUUGUGGUAGAACCAUUCCCUCGCCCUGAGGAUCCUGAAGCCCUGCAGCUGAGCCUCGUGCGGCGGUGGGGGAACGUGUGAGGGUUCACGUUCACAAACGGCGCCCACGGAGGCUGGGCCCAAAAACACGGACGCCUGCUGUCCUGCAAUAACUGUUCCGUUUCUAACCGAGAUCAUGAACCAGAUCAUAACCACCUGCUUCUUUUUAUUCAGCUUCUUAGGACGACAUUAUAUAAGGGUGUUAAUGUCACGAUGUCGGUCCUCUGUAAGACACAACAGAGCGGAAGGAAUCGUGACGAGUGUCUGCCGUCAGACGCCAUUAGUCGACCCCUCCUCCCGUCUCCUCCUCCCCUCGCCCCCUCCUGCUUUUUUGACACAUUUUAGCAGGUUAAGCACAGGACGAUGAUGUAAGCGGUGACUGUCUUCAGUUCGUGUUAGGACAGUGCUACGUUGAACCGACGUUCAUUUGUUUAUUAGCAUCUGUGAUUUUUCUUUCCUACUGACGUCACCUUUAAGCCAUCGAUUCCUGUCACGUUUGUUUGGAACUCGUACUUUUUUUCUUUUUUCCUACAUUUUUUUACAUAUUCCUUCUGGUGUAUAUAUUAUAAAAAGACAACAUCCUUAUGCCAUUUUAUUCCACUGAAAUAUGACCAUCUUUUCUUUCACAUUUUUAUCACUUUUUUAUGUAAAUAAUUUAUGUCCAACUACUUACAGUUUGCAAAGGAAAAAAAACAAAGAGAAUGGAGACCUGAAUGUGAAAUAGCUGGUUAACAAAACUGUACAUUAUAUAUGGGAGAAAAGUGACUAUGAGGUAUUAAUAAAUGACAGAAAAAUGUUCUA